UGGGAAGCCGUGUUCGGCUUUGAAAAUAUUAACAUUUACAAAAUACGAUAUUUUUUUUCCAAUAGAUCUUAGUUUUUUCUUAUUUUAAGCAAUGUAUCAUUUCUUCAAGGAUUAAAAGUAGUUUAAAAGUGCAGUGGAUGAAGAUCUAGAUGUCAUACAAUCCUGUUACUUCUGAAUUCAACAAAAAAUGAAAGAAGUUUUAGAGUAAGGAGUAUGUUACCAGAGAGGAAAACCAAAGUGGAUCAGUUAAUCCGUAUUAUGGACCAUGAGGGACCAGGAGGAGCUUAUGAGCAGGAGUACUGUAUCUGUCGCUCCAAAGACUGUAGUCGAUUUAUGAUUGGUUGCGACAAUUGUGAAGAAUGGUACCAUGGAGAUUGUAUCGGAGUCACCCAGAAAGAUGCCGAACUUAUAAAACACUUCUACUGUACUUCUUGUAGACAACACGAUCCAAGUCUGGAAAUCAAAUACAAACACAAGAAAAGUUCCAAGGAGAAACACUCCUCUCACAAACAUUCAUCACAUUCUGACAGAGAAUUCAGAAGCAGAGAUGAUUCUAGUAGUAAGAAGAAGUCGUCGCGGCGUUGUGGGGAGUGUACAGCCUGCCACAGAACAGAGGACUGUGCACGAUGUGACUACUGCAAGGACAUGAAGAAGUUUGGAGGUCCAAACAAGAUCCGACAGAAAUGCAGACUACGACAAUGCCUCAAUUUCGGUUUAAAUAUGAUGAAUAAAAAAUCCAUGGAAAAACAAGAGUGUGUUCUGACCACAGAAACAGAGUCUAUCAGGACAGAGUAUUACAGUGGUGUUCGCGAUGACGACGAUGACUUUAUGGAUGUCGAUGAUGAUCCAGAUUAUGGCUCAGAGAACAUUGAAAAAUCACCAAAGGGUAAGAGGGGGAGGAAGAAAAGUAUGUCAGAGAGUGGGUCAGCUAAAAAGAAGUACAAGAAAAGAGGACGCAAGCACUCACCAGACAAAAAGACAAAGAAAGCCAAAGAGAAUGCUUCUUUUGAAUCGAAGAGGAAGAGGUCUGAGAUAGAAGAAGUUCGUGAGAGUGAGAUUGAUGAGCCAAAACAAUGCUUUGGGCCUGGCUGUAUCGAGGCAGCCAGACCAAAUUCCAAGUAUUGUUCAGAUGAUUGUGGUCUUAAACUAGCCAAAAGGUAUGGUCAUUUCAUUUUAUACAU